AUGGCAGCUGUGUCAGCGUCGAUUAUUGGGGCAUCAAUCACUUAUGGUUUCGGCCUUUGGGCCUUAGGGCUCCGCAAGACCUUGCUGAUGUUGGUUUCCCUUUUGGCAUUGCUCCUUGUGAUCUUUUUUGUUCCUGACACGGACUUGGGCAAGUAUUUCGCCAACGUAGCGGCUUUGGUGCUUUUGGCGUUAUUCCCGACACUGUUGUGUGCAGCAAUCGGAUGGUGCAUGACCGCAAUGACCGAAUGCAUGCAGUCGGAGGGCCAAUGCAAGCAAUGCAGGCUUUUUGCCGUCUAUGCAGGGAUUGUUUUUUGCACGUUUGCCGUCGUGAGUGCGCCUUCUGAUUUGUCCGGUUUAAGACAUCAGUUCCGUGAACAGUGCGUUCGGCACUUGUCCUGGAGCCCAAUCAUGCGGGAAGCUUGCAAGAAUCCCGGGGACAUGCCAGAAAUUUGCGAGAAGAUCUCGCACCUGGAUGUGGUCAACACCAACAUCGGACCACCAUGCCAUGCCUGGUGCCGGGAUUUUGACAUGUACCUACCAUUCAUUGCUCAUUCGCAUGGAUACGCCUGCCUCCGUGUGUAUGUUUGGAGGGCGCUAGCGCUACCACCCAUAAGAAUCAGUAUUCCUGGCUCGCUGAUGGCUGCAAGUCUGGCUGCGUGUGCAUACGGCCUACUGAGCUUCAAAGCGGUGGUUGCAAGGUUGCUGUGGAAUCGCACCAUGGCCGAAACGCAAGGUUUCGAGACACUUCCAUCGCAGGGUCCCGAGCACCUUGGCCCCAGCCCCACCAGUUUCUUGGAAGAUGGUCCUUUCGCCAAACCGGCCAUGCUGCUGGAAAGAUUCUGCAAGUAUAGGUCUGCAUCCGACCUGGAGGCAGAGAGGCUUCGCCUCAUUUUCACCUUUCUCCCCGCAGCUGUCGAGCCCGCCAGCGACAUAUUCAGCAUCACGACCCUGCUGGCUCAAGGCCAGCCGUCCUACGCGGCAGCGAUGCUGGCAAUGGUGAUUUUACCCAACAUCAAGGACCCGUUUCAGCAGCAGUUUGGAGAGGCUUUGGUUGACUCCUACGACCGGGGCUACCCGACCGAGCACACACUGCGCCAUCAGUUGCGGGAAGGGACUUGGGAAGCGUACGUGGGCAGCAUUGUGGCUGUGUGUGCACUGAUGCGAACGCCUUCCCUCAAUGCCAUAUCCGUUGGCUCGCUGAUGUUCAAUGUGGCUCUUUCGGUUGUCCUCAGCAUUCCCGGAGCCGCCAGAACAUCAGCAGUGUUGACGGAUCCUUCUGUUGAUGUUGAUGACUACUACGACAUCAGCAGGAGGAAAAGGCGGUGCAUGUCUGGACCAAGUUCAGGCGAUCUGCUGGCCUCAUGGCCAUCGCGCCUGUGUUUGCUUGGGGCCUUUGCUCGCCAUCGUUCGGCAUCCCGGCCCUCAUUUGCUGCUGGUUGGCAUUUUGUGCGCUUUCCGUUUGUUUCAUGUCAAUUGAAGUAUGCUUGGAUACAUGCCUGGCUGACAAAGCCAAUGCCGUGA